GCUCUUGCUCUUGCCUCCAGCUUCAAGGAAGGUGCGUUGCUGGCCAGAACUCAACUCCAAACUGACCAUCACGACCCGAAACCUGCCACCACCGACGACGCUACCAACAACACCGCCCGCACUUAUCAGAACCGCCGGAAACAUGUUGUCGAGUCUCGGAAACCCGCGCCAGGCAGCGUCGCAACUGCUCAACUUUGCGCUGAUCCUCUCGACUGCCUUUAUGAUGUGGAAGGGUCUUUCCGUGAUUUCCGAUUCCCCCAGCCCGAUUGUAGUCGUUCUCAGUGGUUCCAUGGAGCCUGCCUUUCAGAGAGGCGAUCUCCUUUUCCUAUGGAACCGCAACCUGAUCCAGGAAACCGACGUUGGCGAGAUCGUUGUCUACGAAGUCAAGGGCAAGAACAUUCCCAUUGUUCACAGAGUGGUUCGCAGAUUCGGCUCUGGACCGGAAGCGAAGCUCCUUACCAAGGGCGACAACAACAACUCCGAUGACACUGAGCUCUAUGCCAAGGAUCAGGACUACCUUGUGCGCAAGGACAUCAUCGGCAGCGUCGUCGCAUACAUCCCCUUCGUCGGCUACGUUACGAUCCUCCUUUCAGAAUAUCCGUGGUUGAAGACGGCAAUGCUGGGAAUAAUGGGCUUGGUAGUGGUGCUGCAGAGAGAGUAGACUCGUCAUUAUGGCCAAAAAUUGAUACCUACAUUCGAGACCAGCCAGGAGCCAUCGAGCGCCCGAAUCGCGAAAGUCGUUGCAGAGACCAACAAUAUUGGAGAAACAGCACAUUCGCGGUUUUCUGGGUAGCCGUGACGGCGAUACUUGGAUUGAUUGAUUUCGAUGACCGAGGGGGCCUCGGUCUCGUACAUAAUAUUUGGUGGGGCCUUUGCCAGCCACCGCUGCGCUUCUGUGAACUGAGACAGACAUCCGGAAGAAUUACCAUUGUAUAGCUGACGACCAAUGCUGGGGUUUACAGACAUGAGAGAGUCAUAUUGCCAGAUCUUUCAGUGGAAGAAAACCUCCAGCGCAGCGGCAACCGAGGUCCAGGCAUAAGUCCCAAUAUAUUUCUCAUCCCC